UCGUACUGAUUUUUUUACAGUGUGUAUUUGCGGUUAUUAGUUUUUGCGUCGUAUAUUUUGAACAAUCGCGCUUUAAUUAAUAGUCUGCGGCUUUUUGUUUGCUUGGGCCCAGUCGAUUCACCUGCCAUCGACAAGGAACAGCAAAACUGGUUUGAGGACUGGUUUUACCCAACCUGUAGGCUAUUGUUCCUGAAGGAGUGCAGUCGUGAGCGUAAAGUGGUCGAGACAACGACAGGGGGUCAGGAAUGGACCCAAUGGAUGCAGGAAUGCGGUACACUCCUAAGUCUUCGGACAAGGACUGGGACCAAGCAGUUACAUUUCUUCCAGCAACAGAUUCAAAAAAGUUUGAAAAGAAGAAGCGUCCGGGGAAGACUGGGGCCAUUAUUGGCCUAGUCGUCUUUGCAGCCAUUGUGGCUUUGAUGACGGGACUUCUUGUAUGGCAUUUCCACUUCCGAAAGAACACCAAGGUGAAAAAGAUGUAUGCAGGCUCUAUGAACAUCACAAAUCAACAAUUUACGGAUGCUUAUGAGAACCCCGACACUCCAGAGUUUAAGGCCCUGGCAGCCCAGGUAGCAGCUCAGUUACGAGAUCUGUACUCUGGGGUUCCGCAGCUGUCCAAGUAUUAUGUUGAUUCUACAGUUUUUGAAUUCAGUGAAGGCAGUGUAAUCGCAUAUUAUCUGUCAGAGUUCCAUGUUCCACUGUCACAAGAGACUGCUGUGGAUAAUGCCAUUAAGGACAUGGAUGAUGUGAUAAAGAAGCAACGGCGUCUAACGGAAUCAACUGGAAAUUUAAUGUUUAGUAGAAUUGAUACCUCAGCUUUAGAUUCACGGAUGUUUACAGAGAGUAAAUAUACGUAUUCCCGGCACACCAAGCCCAAUGAAGUUAUUGAGAUUAGGUCACCUGGAUUUCCAAAUGACCCAUACCCACAAAAUACAUUUGCGCAGUGGAAAUUACGGGCUGACCAAGGCAGCGUCAUCAAACUGGAAUUCACUACUUUCAAAUUGGAGGAAGACUGCAAGAAUGACUAUGUGAAAAUAUAUGACUCACUAGGGGCAAUCGAGAAACGACUCAUGGCUAAGAAAUGUGGACACUACUCUCCCAAUAACCCUCUUAGCCUCAUCUCCUCUGGAAAUGUGAUGCUGGUGACUCUGGUAACUAAUGAUGAUGGGGAGUAUCCUGGUUUUAGAGCUCAAGUGACUCAGGUGCCUGGAGGCAAUGCUAGAGCAAUGUCGUGUGGUGGAACUCUAACCGGAACUUCUGGAACCUUUACAUCACCCAACUUUCCAAAAUAUUAUCCCCCGAAAAUGAGGUGUGAAUGGAAUAUUCAGGUGCCAUCGAAUAUGUAUGUCAAGGUGGUCUUCUCUAAGUUCAUGAUGUCCAUUGGUGAAACUUGUUUGAAGGAUUAUGUCCAGGUCAAUAAUGAAAAGCUUUGUGGUGAACUACCUUCUUCCACUGUGCGGACCAGCACCUCAAACCAAAUGACUGUUGUUUUCUACUCCGAUGAGUCAUAUGUGGAUCGAGGGUUUAAUGCAACCUUUACAGCCUUUGAACCAAGUAACCCAUGUCCUGAUAGGUUCUUAUGCAACAACAAACGCUGUGUCAGCCCUACCCUGCGCUGUGAUGGCUGGAACGACUGUGGAGACAGUAGUGAUGAGAAGACUUGCCAGUGUGACGCUAACAUGAUCAGCUGUAAGAAUGGUCUGUGUAAGCCAUUGUUCUGGAAAUGCGAUGGUGUUGAUGACUGUGGAGACAAAACUGAUGAAAUGAAUUGUGCUACCUGUAAAGAAGGAGAAUUUGUCUGUGGAAAUGGUCGCUGUAUCUUACAGAAACAAAGAUGUGAUGGGAGAAAAGACUGUGAUGAUGGUUCAGAUGAAGCAGACUGUGGAAAACGCACUGUGUGUCAGGAAACUAAUUUCCAGUGCAAAAAUGGCCAAUGUGUCACUAAGGAGAACCCAGAAUGUGAUGGACAGAAUGACUGCACAGAUGGGUCUGAUGAGGAUUGUGGUGUGUGUGGAUUGCAUCCUUUCAAGACCUCCCGUAUUGUGGGAGGGCUGGAUGCAACGGAGGGAGAGUUUCCUUGGCAGGUCAGCCUUCAUAUAAAAAACUCUAUUCAUGUGUGUGGAGCAUCACUCAUCAGUGAAAACUGGCUAGUCACUGCUGCUCAUUGUGUUCAAGACGAACCAAAAGUUAGGCUCUCUCAGCCAGGCUCAUGGGAGGUGUAUUUGGGUCUCCAUACACAAAAGCAGAUGGAUAAAGCAGAAAAGCGUAACCUAAAGAGAAUAAUUCCUCACCCUAGUUACAAUGAAUAUACCUUUGAUAAUGACAUAGCUCUCAUGGAACUGGACAGCCCCGUCGCUUUUAAAGACACCAUCCGGCCCAUCUGUUUACCAUCUCCCUCUUACAACUUCCCCGCGGGCAAAUCAGUGACGAUCACUGGCUGGGGGGCCACCAGAGAAGGAGGCGCUGGUGCAACAGUACUGCAGAAAGCAGAAGUCCGAAUCAUUAACAGCACAGUAUGUGAUACACUGAUGAAAGGGCAGCUCACUUCGCGCAUGACAUGUGCUGGGGUUCUAACAGGAGGGGUGGAUGCCUGUCAGGGUGACUCAGGGGGCCCUAUGACCAGCUCUAAUUUAGCUGGGCGAACAUUCCUGGCAGGUGUGGUGAGCUGGGGUGAUGGGUGUGCCCGAAGAAACAAACCUGGAAUUUACACCACAGUCCCCAAAUUCCGUGCCUGGAUUAAAGAACAAACAGGAGUAUAAUUGUAGAGAAAAAAAAUGGGUUUUUGGAACACAGGGUUACCAGGACAUAAGUGAAUCAUGUCUAAUAUAUAAUGUAAUUCAUUCUGUUUAUGUGCCUGAGAGGACAAAUAGGGACAAUUACAAACGAGCUGUUAAAAGAUGUUUGAUGAGACUCUAAACAUAGGUCAGUGUUGUAUUUGACCCACAUCAUCAUGAGCCUGUGUCUAUUUAGCAGUCUUUGGGCUUUUUAUUUUAAAUUAUGUCUGCUGCCAAAAUGCAAAUUAAUUUCUUGAAAUUAUUGAUUGAAAUAUUAUGCAGCAUAGAGAACUGGUUUAGAUUUAUAUAUUUAAUGAAAUACCAGGCUGUAUUUUUACUGUAAAUAGACUAAAAGAUUUUACUUUUUAAGCGUUUCUUGAUAAGAAAUUACUUUGAAAACAAUACUAUUUAAUGUGUGUUUUUAUAAAUAUUAACUGUUUAUACUGUAGGUCUGAUUAUUUUAUAGGUUUUUAUUUUCUUAUUUCUAACACUCUGGGAUGCCUAAAUACACAGAAUAUACAGUAAAAUGUGACUUUCUUGUUCUUUUUGUUCUUUUUUUGAAAGGGUUGGGUGAUUUGUAGCUAGAGCAUACUGGUCUGUCAUCCUUUAAAUGUUGCAUUACUGUGCCAUUUUUAGGUAAUUUUAAGAAAUUUGCUUGCCCAUUGACCAGUUUUGUGUGUUUUUAUUUUAAUGUUUUUUUUUUAUCAUUAUUAUUGAUUACUUCAUGUUGUACAAUAUCAAUGUUUUUCUUAAAAUCUACUUACUGUGCACAAGAUGAGUGUUUUAAACUUGUAUCUUAAUAAAUGAAACAUCCUUCUUUCUUUUUCUUCUUAAAAUGGGAUUUAGAUCUUUGUAUGUCCUAAGUCGUGUGUGUCUGCCUGGUUUCAUUUCAGUCAAAUAGGAGGCAUGCUUGAUAUUUGAUUGGCGCCAAAAAUAAACUGAAUAAACGUGUAAAUAGA